AUGGGGGGUUGCGUGGGCAAGCCGCCCCUCUCUCCCCCAGGCGUUCCCCGCGGCGACAGCUUCUUCGACGGCCCGCGCGACGCCGGAAGACGUAGAAGCGCCGCGCACGAAUCGGCGACGCGCAACAAGCUAGGAACAGAGGUUCCGCUGCCGCCGCUCGAGAGAAAAUCCAGCGGCGGGGUGCAGCGGUUCUCUGAGCCCGCCGCGCAAGCUACGCCGUCGCAGAAGCACGCGUGGGCGCAGCCUUCCGCCGUCUGCGCGGACAAGCUGCUGCCCGGCGCGGAUGACCGGGCGGGCCGGCGGAGCGAGGAGGGCGCGUCGGGAUUCCUUCCCGGAUCGCCCCCCGACAGCUCCGAGUGGCAAGUAAACGAGCCGCUCGAUUUGUCCGUAAUCACGGGCCGUAGCGCCAUCCCCACGCCUCCACGCAGCGCCUCCGGCGGCGGCGCCACCGGCGGUGGCGCAGCGGCGGGUGCGCGGCAUCAUCCCGGCGAGGCGCGGUCAUCGUCCGGCUUGGCACCCGUGGUGAUGCCGACUCAUAUCGCAGGCCAAGCCGUUCCGAUCGGACCGCGCGGAUUCGAUGGGGACGAGUCGCGAGACGGAUCGCGGCAGAGCCUGGCGUCGCGCGGCGGCAACAGCUGUUGGUCCGCGACGGCCGGCGCGGCGGCGGCCGGCACGCCGACGAACCCGCCGCUGUACGCGCGGAUGGCAGGGAGCAUGCACGGCGCGGGGGUGCUGAGCGGCGGGGGGAUCGUGGGCGGAAGGGGGAGCAGCGGGUACGGGAGCGGCGGCGGCAGCGGCGGGGGCGACUCGAUGAAUGGCGGCGUGGUGGUGGGCAUGAGCAGCUCGUCUAUGCAUGCCGGCGCGAUCUCCGGUGGCGGCUCGGGGCACGGAAGCAGCGUGGCGCUUAGGGCGGCGCAGGCGGCGAAGCUGAGGGCGGCGCGGACGGCGCAGGAGAGGCACAACGUGCGCAUCGUGGGGACGGGCCCCGAGCUCCUCGUAUUCUCCCACGGCUUCGGCUUCAACCAGUCCAUGUGGACGCAUGUGCUGGAAUCGUUUGACACCGCUCUGUACCGCAUUGUGCUCUACGACCUCACUGGUGCUGUAGGGUCAGACAGCGAUGCGUUUGACUUUCAGCGCUACAGCACGCUGCAUGGCUUCGCAGAGGACCUGCUACAGCUGCUCACAGAGAUGGGCGUCGAGGGCGACUGGGGCCAGCAGUGCACGCUGGUGGGGCACAGGCAGAGCGGCAUGAUCGCACUGCUGGCAGCCAUCGAACGGCCCAAACUCUUCAAACGCAUCGUGCUGCUCGCCUCUACGCCCAGGCUGCUGGAGGCCCCGCCCGACUACAAAAGCAGCUUCGGCCUUUCUGACCUGGACAAGGUCUUUGGCAUCAUGCAAGGAAACUUCCGGUUGUGGACCAAGGGGUGUGCUCCUGUAUUGAACGCGGACGAUGUGAAGGCGGCGCAUGUGAGGGAGGUCACGCGGCCGCUCUUCUCUCUGCGCCCCGACGUUGCCUUCUCGUGCCUCAAGACCACCUUUGCCUGUGACCUGCGUGAAGUGCUGCCUCAGGUAGAGGUACCAGUGCAUAUGCUCUUCCUAGAGGGCGACCCCGCCACUCCCCCGGCUGUAGCGGAAUACAUGCUGCGCCACAUGCCCUGCGCUACAGCCGAGGCCCUCCCUGCCAGGUCCGUGCACCAGCAGCCUGAUGUUGUGGCGGGCGGCAUUCUUCGGCUGCUUCAGGCCGCCCCGGAGAACUCUAGUGGGUCUCAGUUGACAGGUGGUGGGUUGCGCCCGUGGCUGCGCAUGGGCGCGCCGGCGAUCAUUCAGUGGCAGCGCGGGGACAAGCGCACGGGCUUUUCCAAGCCGGUGCGCGCGCAGCGCGAUGAGGGCGGCGCGGACGAGAACGCGUUUAAAGUGGUCAUCGACCAGACAUUCCGAGUCCCCGCCACGCUGUACCGCGAGCGCGGCGGCCCCGGCGCGCCGUACCAGCGCAAGACCGCGGCGUUUUCGAUCCACGAGGCGCAGGCGGACGACUCGGCGCAGCCCAAACCAACCGCGCUGGGGAAGGCGUCGCUCGACCUCUCCGCCUUCGCGGACUGCGCCGGCGCGCUCCCGCACGCGCUCCCCGUGCAGGUCUCUAAGUCUCUAAGCGCGGCGCUAGGCCGCCCCGAGCUGCACCUGACGGUGGAGUGCGUGGGGAAGAAGCUGAGUAAGGAAGCCGCGGCGGAAGAGGCGGGCGCGGGGGGGUACGGCGCGGGGGGCGCGGGCGCGCUGCCGCGGUUCUACCCGACGAAGCUGGAGCCGCUAGAAGACGCGGAGGACACGGCGGGGUCGUCGGGGGACGAGACUUGCUACUCGGACGCCGCUGGGUCCGUCACUGGCGGCGGGGGGAGCCGCGUCGGGCCGCUCUCCGACCACGGGGGGAGCGAUUCCGAGCACAUGCGCGGAGGGGGGGCGCACGGGGCGCACGGCGCGCAUGGAGGGCAGGGGGGGAAGGGGUCAGGGAGGGAGCAUAGGCGGAAGGACAGUGGGGCGUCGUCAGGGGGGCAUGAGAAUCAGAGCAGCGAUACGGAGAUGGUCAGACGGGGGAGUGGCCCGAGGAGAGGGCAUGCGGGAGGGUACGAGGACCAAGGGAGCUCCACGCCAGGCUCGGCAGCAGGCUCGGCAGCAGGCUCGGCAGCAGGCUCGGCAGCAGGUUCGGCAAGUGGUUCGCCAAAGCGAGCGGGAGAGGGGAGUAGGAGUCUGAAGGGCACGCCAGGGAGCGCGAGAGAGGGGAGAGGCGCGGGCAGGAGUGAGAAGGGGCGGGGGAGAGAUCGCAGAAGGUACUCAGGGGGCGAAAUGGACCUCAAUCUCGCGUUCCAGGCGUCAGCGGGGGGAGCGAGGGCGCAGGGCGCGGGGGGCGGGGGAUUGCCGCCGGUGGGCGCGGGGGGCGCGGGGGAAGCGGGGCUGGGGGGUCGCAUGGCGUCUCUGCCGGUUGGUGGGGGCGCGGGCGGGGGAAUGGAUGAGGCAUGGGCGCAGGAUGCGUGGGAGGAGGGGGAGGAGGGGGAAGAGGGGGAGGAGGAGGGGGAGGAGGGGGAGGGGGGGCGAGGGGAGGGUUUGGAGGAGGGGGAGGACGAGGGGGGGCAUGAUGGGUUUGGGGAGGAGGAAGGGGAAGCGGAGAUGGAAGGAGGGUCGUUUGAAGAUCUGAAUGACGCCUUUGGUAACAUGGGUGGUGGUAACAUGGGCGGUGGUAACAUGGGCGGUGGUAACAUGGGCGGUGGUAACAUGGGCGGUGGUAACAUGGGCGGUGGGGGCAAGGGCAGGGGUGGUGGAGGGGAGGGAGCAGACAUGCAUGACGUGUAUUCGCAUGAUAUCUACGUGCAUGACCCGCAGGGCACCCAUGACAUGCAUGGUGAUGGGGAUGGUGAUGGUGAUGGUGAUGGUGAUGGUGAUGGUGAUGGUGAUGGUGAUGAUGGUGGUUUGGAUGAUAUGUAUGGGCAGGACGACAUGCAUGAUAUGUACGGGCACCAUGGCAUGGGGAGGGGCAUGGGCAUGGGGAGGGGCAUGGGCAUGGGGAGGGGCAUGGGGAUGGGGAUGGGCAUGGGGAUGGGGAUGGGCAUGGGGAUGGGGAUGGGCAUGGGGAUGGGCAUGGGGAUGGGGAUGGGCAUGGGGAUGGGGAUGGGCAUGGGGAUGGGUAUGGGAGGGGAGGAGCAGGAGGAGGAGGAGGUGAGGGAGGAGGAAUUGGAAGACCUGUCUCUAGCUUAUGAGAGGGGAGGGCCGGGGCAACCGCAUGGGGGCGGCAUGGGGGCGGACGGAGGGAUGGGGACAAGGAAAGGCGGGCGGCAGCAGCAGCAGGGAGGCGGGGAGGAGUAUUGGGGCGAGGAGCAGAAGGGGGAGCAGGGGGGGAUGCAAGGGGGGUAUGGGCAUGGGCGGGGGUACCCAGGGGGCGAGGGCUAUGGGCAGGGGGAGGGGGACUAUGGGGAGGGGGGGUAUGAGGAGGGGGAAUAUGGGGAGGACGGGGGAUAUGGGCACGGACAAGGGCUUGAGCAUGGGCAUGGGCAUGGGCAAGGGCAAGGGAAGAGGAGGCAGGGACGAGGGGGGUAUGAUGAUGCAGAGGGGGAGUAUGUGCAAGUGGAUGAAAGGGAGGGUGAGGAGGAGGGGGAUGAUGGGGAAUACAUGCAAGAUGGUGAUGGUGGUGAUGAUGGUGACGGUUAUAAUGAUGGUAAUGGUGGCACCGGUGGUGCUGGCAUGAACGGGGGCGAGGGGGAGUACGACGAGGCGUUUGGGUUCGAGCAGAGGCAGGGCAGCUACGGCCAUGCAGAGAGGUACGGGGACCGGCAGGGGGGGUAUGCGGAUGGGUACGCAGAGGACGGGUAUGGGGAGCAUGGCAAUGAGCGGGGCGGGGGGGAGGAGGAGCAGGACGAGCAGCAGCAGGCAGAGGAGGAACAAGAGGAGGAGGAGGAAGAGGAGGAGGAAUUUGAGACGCUGCCUCCCCCACCACCAAAAUCCCCCAGGUUCCGGCAGCGGUCGUUAGACGGUAAGGACCCCGCUGGUGGUGGGGGCAUGAGUCCGUUCGGUGACGGGCUGCUAUAUGGUCUCACCUCGCCCUCCAGCCCGGCAGGCGACCUCUUCCCCGUCAACCUCAAGAAACCCAUGCCCUACGUCGGCGGCUCUUUGGGCAUCGAUGCGGUUACCGCGUCGCCGCCCAGAGCUGGCAGCAGCAGCGGCGCGGGCGGCGGGAGUGGGUCCGAGUCGGGUAGUACUGGGGGGGGUGGUGGGGGCGGGGGACGGGGAGGUGCGGGGGUGCUGGGGCAGUCGAAGAGCAUGAAAGUGGUUGGGGAGCGGGCAGGGGAGAGAGAAGAGGAGCGGGGAGGGGGGGACGCGUCGAGUUUGGAGUUUGAGUGGAGGAAGGUGCGGACAGAGAAGAAGCUGGUAGAGGAGGAGAAGCGAGCUCUGCAGACCCUGGGGGACGAGGUGCAGCGGCUGAGAGUGUGGGCUGAGAACGAGCGCGCCCGGCUUAAGAAGGAGCACGCGCAGAUUGAGAUGGAUAAGAAGCGGUGCAGUGAGUUGGAGAGCCAAAUGGCGGAGUUUUCGGCGUGGUCGGAGGCGGAAGAGGAGAGGAUACGGAGGGAGAGGGAGGAGGCAGAGCAGAUGAAAGGGGCGGCAGAGGCAGCGGAGAGAAGGGUGAGGGAGGAGAGGGAGCGGUUUGAGUGGGAGCAGCAGCGCGUGGCUGAGGAGAAAACGCACAUCGACGAAGCUGCUGCUUCGGUGGCCGAGGCUCUGGCUCGGGCUGCCGAGGCUGAGGAGCGGGCGAGGAGCGCGGAGCGGAAUUUCGGGCGGCUGCCCGGGGAUUUGAGGGAUGCGGCAAUGGCUGACGUGGCAGUGUAUGCAGUUCGGCCGGAACACGGGGGAUCGGUGAGACAAGUUCACACUCCCGCGAGGCGGAUAGCGAGGGCUUACGCGUUCGUGCGGGUUCACGAGGGGGAUGAGAGGGUGGGGGGCGUGGCGAGAGUGGCCGUGACUGCACUGACUCUGGUUUCCAAAGCUGCUGCUGAUGAUGCUGCUAGGCUUCUCUUUUGGUGGUCCAAUACUGUGAUGCUCAGGGAAGCCAUUGCUAGCAUUGCUCCCACUGAAGCUAGUUCCGAUGAGCCCCACUCUGCCAAUUCCUCCUCCUCCUCCUUCCCCCUCUCCGACCGAACCUCUUCUGGUUCGGAACCGGAUUCCGAACCUGGUGGGGGUUCCGGGCCUGGGAAAAGGGGUGGGAGAGGAGGGGGGGCCGGGGGAGGAGGGGCAGGGGGGGGAGGGGAAGGGGGGCGGGAGGCGUGGGGCAGUCCGGGGGCGCUGGUGGCGGCGCUGAGGCGCCUGGAGGAGUGGCAGCACGGGCGGUGCGUGCAGCUGGUGUGGCACAAGGUGAGUGCUGGGGGAGUGGGGGGAGCAGGGGGGGCAGCGUAUAAGGGGGAACAGGUAUUCCUCCCUGCCCUACGCCGCUCCCCCACCUCCCAGCCGCCCGCCUCCUCCUCCUCGUCCACCCUCUCAGCCGCCUCCUCUCUCUUCUCCUCCCUCGCCUCUGCCGCCUCUACCAGCGCCUCCUCCCUGCCCUGGCCGGGCGGCAGCACCGUGGGCGGCGCACUGGGACUGGGCGGCCAGAAGAAGCCGGCAGCGCCUGUGGCAGGCGGAGUGGGAGACGCUGAGAGGGCGCCAUGGUGGAGCAAGCUGGUGGGUGUGGAGCGGUGGAGAGCGGUGCUGCACGAUGCGUCCUUCAGCCUCUGCCCGCAGCGUGCCAUGGGGCGAUGCUGCGGAUGCCUGUAUCUGCUGGAGAAGCAGGUCCUGGAGCAUUGUCUCCUGCGUCUCGACUCAGCAAUCUUCAACGCACUCCUGCGCUCCAACCCUGACGCGCAUCCCGCCGACCCUCUUGCCGACCCUGUCACCGAGCCUGCCGCCCUGCCGUUCACAGCCACGGGCAAGCUCACCUACUCGCACGGCAUGCACCUCAAAUACGCUACAUCAGCAUGGGCGACCAUGUUUCACGACCUUGACGCUCACAUGCACGCACAGAUCGACUACCUCCUAGCAUCCUCCCACCCGCCCAACCCCUCCGCACCGCUCCCCACCCCUCCGCCCUUCUCCUCAUCCCUCCUCGCCACCACCACUGCCUUCUGGGCUGGAGCCCUAGACCCCUCCGACCCCUCCCCUUCCUCCUCCUCCCCCUCCUUCUUCUCCUCCUCUUCCUCCUCCUCCUCCGCCUCUUCUGCCGCUCACCCCGCCUCCCCUCGCUUCCCUCCCAGUGCUGCUGCGGCAGCAGGGGCGGCAGUGGCAGUGACGGGGGGUCCGGGAGAGUGCUUUCCAAAGCUGAGGGCGAUGGCACAGGUGCUGCUGCUGCCUAAGGACCUGUUGGCUGACCAGGAGGCGAGGAAAGAGGUGUGUGGCGAUCUGACGCUGGCCUUGCUGCGGCGCAUUCUCCUCAUCUUUGCUCCCGAUGCCAAUGCACCCGACCCUGUAUCCUCCACUCUGCUGCAGCAGCUCAACAGCGAGGUGCAUAGCGAGUCGCGCCGCGGCAAGGCCAACCCCGCCACCAACCUCGCUCCGCUCCCCGCCACGCCCUACCGCCCGCCCCCCUCGCCAUCCGUCCGCCUGCUCCUGGGCUCUGUGCGCCUGCUGCACCUACCACAUCCUGGGUCCUCUGGGCUCGCCUUGGACCGCGGAUAUGAGAGCGACGAGGAGCUCCGGCUCGUAGAGUCCCCCGCUGACCUGCUCUCCCACAUGCUGCUUGAACUCGAGAGGGGCGGCACGGCGAGUGGAGGGGGUGUUAGUGGCAGUGGCCGGGGUGGUGGUGCUGCUGGUGGUGGGGGGGGUGGGAAGGGUGGGGUGGGGAAGGGUGGCGCGGGAGGGAAGGCACGGGUGGUGGGGCACAGGGACGGGUAUAAGAGCUCGGGGUACCAGUUGCUGGCUGACAUGUGGAGCAGACAGGCUGCUGGCAGUGGCAGUGCUGCCUCCUCCUCACAUUCCUCUGGUGCUGACACAGGUGCAUGGUAG